CAUCGGCGACCGCGUCUUCCUCUCCAUCGGCGAACGGCGGCGGCAUCUUCGUCUCCAUCGACGAACGGCGGCGGCAUCUUCCUCUCCAUCGACGAACGGCGGCAGCGUCUCCCUCCGGUCUGCUUUUAUGCCGUUUCCCGCGCCAAGCUUCUCCGGAUCGCCACAGCCUCCUCCUCCUCCUCCCCCGGCGCCCCCCACUCCCCCGUUGCAAGCCUGUUUUGGUCUCUGUGCGCUUUGAGUUUUCGGGUGCCUCCUCUUCAAAGAUCAUGCAGGCAUCAAGGGCUAGGCUUUUCAAGGAGUACAAAGAGGUACAGAGGGAGAAAGCAGUGGACCCAGAUAUUCAAUUGGUCUGUGAUGAUUCUAACAUAUACAAGUGGACUGCUCUUAUUAAGGGCCCUUCAGAAACUCCAUACGAAGGUGGUGUUUUUCAGCUUGCAUUUUCCAUUCCAGAGCAGUACCCUUUACUACCUCCACAAGUGCGGUUCCUGACAAAAAUUUUUCAUCCCAAUGUGCAUUUCAAGACAGGAGAGAUUUGCCUUGAUAUAUUGAAGAAUGCUUGGAGCCCUGCGUGGACUCUGCAAUCUGUUUGCAGGGCCAUAAUUGCUUUAAUGGCCCAUCCAGAACCUGAUAGCCCUCUCAAUUGUGAUUCAGGCAAUCUUCUGCGGUCAGGUGAUGUCAGGGGUUAUCGCUCGAUGGCAAGAAUGUAUACUAGGCUUGCUGCCAUGCCAAAAAAGGGUUAAGAAGCAUUAAGAAAGGUGUGUCAUGUUGGACUGCUGCUGUUUGCCUAUGAUGUGCUCUGUGAUUGUAACAAGGACUGCAACCUGUACUUUAUUUUCAUCAUUCUCGCCUUGAGGUUGAGCCAUAGUUUAAACACAUGGACUGCAACCCGAUGGUGGUUAUAUAUUUUAAAUACCAUGAUAAUAUAGUCGAUGGGUUUGGUAA